AUAAAGGGGAGAUCGGCCACUGGUUGUUAAGCGAAUGGGAACACAUCAUGGCGUCUAUUUAGGAGGAAAGUCCCGCCCUUCUGUAAAAAGAGCCAAUCGGCUUGAUGGUUAAGAAGGAAGCAGGAAAAGCGCCCUUUGUUGUGGAGAUAUGCGCACGCGCGUUAGGUAGACCAAGCUAGAAAAUAAGCGUGUUUUUGUGUGUUGUUAAAGCCAAACGAUAUAAACUGUUUAUGCUGUUUUUGCCAGACUUUAAUCAUUUCAAAUAUGUUUGUGUAACAUUAAUGUGGGUUGUAGUUUCGGGUUUAUAGGUCUCUCCCUAUUCAAAGAGAUAGGAGUCUGGUCUUGUAUGAGUGGAAGUAACUGACCGGGCCGUCGAGUGGGCAGACUUUCCUAUAAGGACUUUGGCAGGGUGGAACCAUGGCAACGCCAGAUUAGUUUAGUGAGCGCAUUAGGCUAAUGGCUAGUCCGCUCAACCGCAACAAACUAAAAUGAGCGACACUGUUAUUUAGCCUGACCAAUCAGAUAGCUAGCUGGUAUUGCUUAUUAUAUGCUCUUUCCGAAAUACAUCUGAAAGACGUUGAGACCCGUCCCAGGUGACGUUUAAGGAGCGAAUUAUUCAUCAGGUUUAACACGAGUUAAACAGACCAGUGCCCGUUAGCUAGCUAAGCUAAGCUACGCACGCCAAGCUAUGUUGAUAUGUUGUACAAGUUAGGCAGCUGAUACGGAGCGUUAUCUUAUUAGCUCGUGUGCUUCCUGCUACACAGACAGCGUCCGUUUCGUCAGUGCGUUAUAUAAAUUGUGUUGUACACAACUGCAACAGUACGAUGUGCUGUUUAUUUACUUAGCUAGCUACAGUGUGUAGUUAUGCACUGGUUAAUGCAAGUACUGUGUACUCUUCUAACUAACUUAAUUUACUGUCAUUGCGGUUCCUUGGCUAGUAAGCUAACUAACGUUAGAGCCCUGGCUAGUGUUAUCUGUUAAACUGAAAUGUAGUACAACAAGUCAUGAAGAUAAUGAUAUAGUUGCUAACGCUAGUAACUUUUCCCUGUUUAGAUGGGUGAGGUGUCGGCAAGACUUAAAAUCUAACCUACUGUAGCUAACGUUAGCUGGUCAGUAACGUUAGUCUCAUAUUUGGCAGUGAAGUAGUUCUACUACCCGCUUUUUGCUGGGCUAGCUAGGUAAGUUAGACAGCUAACUUUACAAUACAAUAGAAAUCGGUAUGUGGCAGCCAUCCUGUUGUUUCACUUGCUAAGAUUCGUCAUACUCAGACGGAUAAUCUUCCGCCUGCUGGAGAGUCAGCAGUCAUAUACAAAGCUCGCCAUGUCCUCGGACCGAGUAUCGUCCCUGACUGGGGCACACGGGCUCCUUCGCGGGCAGCGUACAAAGUCCUAUGGGAGUCUGGUGACUUCCUCCUUAUCACCAGUCAGGCAAAAACGAAUUGAACAUCAAGUUCAACCCGGAGAUACUCUACAAGGAUUGUCACUGAAAUAUGGCGUGUCUAUGGAGCAAAUCAAACGGGCAAACAGACUGUAUACCAACGAUUCAAUAUUCCUGAAGAAGUUCCUCUCCAUCCCUGUGCUGACAGAGUCCCUGUCGUUUACUAAUGAGAAUGAGUUACUGCAAGAAGUGUCAAAUCAAGAAGAGCGUAUUUCACAGCAUCAGGUUCCUGCUGGGAAUGGCCAAACAGACUCUGAAAGUCAAGAAGUGCCAUCAGAUCUUUCUCCAUCGGACUAUUUUAAAAGGAUGGAUAGUUUGAUUGAUCAGUCAAAACAAGCAGCCAUAAAAACAUGUCAAGAGGGAGAUAAACAGUUUUCUUCAACGGAACAGCUCCGUCACAGCACCCAAGGCUCAAGUGUCUUUUCCCAGGGUCAGCAGGCCGUGCUGGGGGCUGUGCCUCUCACCAUCACCAAACGUACCAAGAAACUGAGGGACAGAGAGGAUGAGAUCUUUCAGCUCUGACACUGGCAGUUUAGUACAGUUGUCUGGUUUGUGUCCUAUUUUUGAUUAUGCAGGAGGGUGGAUGAUUUGAGGAUGUCUAAUUUCAUGCCUUCUGAAAUAUUGCUGAAAUGGUGCUGUAUGUUGAAUGUCUGGACUACCAGGAUCUAUGCACUUGAUGGCUGAUUGGUUGUGUUGUGGAAAUGAUGUGCACUGAUACUGUACUGAAUGUGCCACUGUGGCCUUAGGUCAUGCUGUCUUGGCACUCUGGCCUGUUGCCUGCUAUUGGCUGCAUUACAGUACGUACUGUACACCAGUACUACUUCUUUUUUUCUAUUCGCUCCCCUCUAUUCUCAAUGUCCCUUUUUUCCCUUUUAUCUUCGGAUUUGGCCAUCAGAACCUGUACCUCACAAAAAUGUAUCUGAUUUCAUAACGAACAUAAAAUAAGGCUAUACUUACAAGGCAACAUUAUUUUGCGUGAACUGAUUUUGUGGGUUUAAAUGCACUGUUGACACACAACCUUUCACUGUAAACACUACAUUGAUAUGUGAAUGGGGUUAAAAUUCAAAGGUUAAGGAAAACAUCUUAAAUCUACCUUUAUUCCCUAAGCACGUUUACUGUUCUGUUCCCUAUUGUUAUGUGCUUUUUUUUGGGUCACGUAGCUGCUAGACUGCCAGGGGAGUAUUUGACAAAGCAGGAUUUCUCAUUUAGCUAAAUUUAAGCCAAAAAAUGUUAGCUGUCUAAUGGGAAAAUGGGUAAAGAGCAUUCUCAGCUCACUGAGAAAUCCAGCUUUGUGAAAUACCCCACUGUUGUCAACAUUUCUAAUCAGACCUUCCAUAUCUCCAAUGCUCUUGCCAUCUCUGUAAUUAUGAAUUAGCAGUGAAUACACUAACUAUUUUAUUUUAUUUUAUUUUAUUUUUGCAGGGAAUUGACAGACUGGUUAUUACUGCUUGGCAAUCAACUUGCAUAUAGUUUACAAGUUUCCUGUUGCUUUCGCAUGUGGUGUUCUAUUUAUUUGGUGCUUGCUGUUUAGCAGGCACGUAAGUUUAAAAAGGUGUGGCCAAUACAGACUUGACUGUUUUGUAUGUGUAAGCUCUGGAAUUCAGUGAGAAUGUUCAUGAACAGCAGUGCCUCCUCCACAAGUGGAGUCAGAGUGACAGGUUUUUGUACUGGCUGAUGACCCAUUCACUGCCAAAGGGAAUUUCUCAAGAUGAAUACAUUGUGAUGUGCGUGUGUGCUGAGCUUACAUUUUUAACAAUGUAUUGCCAUACACAAAUGUGAAAAUGUAAUAGUACGUACAACACAGACACAAAUGAACAGUUGAUGAUGAAUAAAUGCAGUGUUGUGCACAAAAACA